AUGUCAAAUAUAUAUGAUAACGUGCCAGGAGGAUCGUUAAACCUUAAAGGCGACUCUGGAACUCCAAAAAAAAUAAAAAAGAAAAAGAAGAAAACCCAAAAAGACAAGGAAAAACUUAAAUCGUACGCCAAAGAGUUGAUGAGCGAUGAUGCUACAUCAUCAGAACCUAAACCUAUUCGGGUAGUUACAAAAACCGAAGCUGAGCUAAAAUUUGAAGCGAUUCAGAAAAAAAGGCUGGAAGAAAAGGUGGAAAAGGCAGCACGAAGAUCACACAAGGAACGUGUGGCAGAAUUGAACAGAAAAUUGGAAGAAAUGACCGAACAUUAUGAUAUUCCAAAGGUAAUUCGUUGUGUAUGA